AUGUGUAUAUAUAUAUAUGUGUAUAUAUUAUAUAUGUGUAUAUAUUAUAUAUGAUAUGAUGGCACAUCUGUGCACCCCCUACAGACUUAUGUGCUGAAUGCUUCCAACCUGUUCAUUCAGACUAUGUGGGUCAGAUCCAGGAAGUCAGUCUGUCAAAGUGUCUUUAACAUACUAAAAAUUCUACAAUUACACAUGUAGUUUCCUGUUUGGAUCAUGAAACAGAAUCAGUUAACAAUCAGCAAAUAGCACUCCUCAGCCAGAUGUGUGUGGAGGGUAAACGAAAUCCCCCAACUGUUUGAGCUAAGUGUUUCUUUUUCUCCAUCCUCAGCACCACUCCUCUCACCCACCAGCAGGAAACAUGGAGGCCAUGAGGAAAGGACUGGUUAGAAUGGGAUGCUACCAUAAUAGACCUGCUAUACAAGUGCCAGCCGACCUUUUAGCGGAGUUGAAAACCUAGUAUUUCAAAAUAAAAGAGCUAAAAAAUUGUAGAAAAGCCCUUUAAUGACCCGGGCACCACGAGAUGUACAUGUGAGACGUGAACAGCAUUCUUUUCUGUUACAAGGGCAGACUGAUGCUGGUAUGGAGGCAUGACACCAAUUCAGGUAUCGUUUUUAGGGGGCUGCCGUCUAUAGACGCAACAUCUUAAAAAGUUAAUUUUAUUGUCAUUGUACAACAGGGUUGCACAACAAAAUGCAGAUUUUAGUCUUGUUUUGCUACACAACAAAAACAAAAUACAUAUAUGUGGAGUGUGACUGAAGGCAUCUUACAGGCGAUGAAAGAAGCUGAUCUGAAGUCUGGUGGUUCCUCAGCUGAUACUCCUGUGUCUCUCUGCAGAUAGCAGCAGGGUUAACAGUAGGUGUCGGGGUGGGUUUAGUCUUUAAAUACACCGGUAGCUCUUCUCAGGCUCCUCUUGUCACCAAUAUCAGUGAUGCUAGAUGCAGAUGGUACCAGUGAUGUUCUGGGCAUCACUUGCUGUAGAGCCCUCCUGUCCUGGGAUGAACUUGUCCUAUGACAGUUUGCAAUGUUUUGUGAUGUGAGGAUGCUUUCUAUUGCUCCAAUGUAAAAGUUAACAAGGACUGCUUUUGCUGGUAGCAUUUGUUUUGCAGGCUUUGCUCAUUAGUGAACCUGAAAAACAACCAUUGUUACUACUAAAGCAUGAAUGUGUAAGAAACAUUGGCUUUUCAUCUACCUUAGAUAAAGUUAGGUAUAGCCUGGUGGUUCCGGGCCAAGGAGUCAGGCCUCUCCAAUGGUCACCAGACUGAUCUGAGGGGUUGUGAGGUGGUUAACUGGAGAGCACAUCUGUUUUGUCUUUCUUAUUGGAUAAUUUUACAUUUUUUACUGUUAUUGAAAUUAAAGCAUUUAAGAAGUUUUAAGAGGGAUUGUCUCUCUUUGGUGGAAUUGCUAACAACCCACAGACAUCUGAAAUGUGCCCGAACAGUUUUUUGUGAGGGUUCAGAGUCCAAAUACCUAAUUGAGUGCAGUUUCUGAGUAAAUCUACUUAGUUACAAUCAUCCACUGAUACUUAGGUCAGUGCCUUUAUAACCUAAAAGUACAAUCUAACUCAACAGACUUCUGAUGGGCAGUGUUUGUCCAGUGUGUCGCAAUCCCUCCACUACAUCUCAGCAAUUGAACAUGUCUUGCAAUGGUGGGACAAUACUCGAUUUGUCAAUUUUACACUUCGUAUAAAACUCAAUUGAACUCUAGAGUGCAUUUUUGUAGAGAAUGAGUACUGCAGAUGUUGUCCCCCUUCUCUUAAAUUGAAAACACACUGAGGUUAUUUGCAAUUGGACAUAUCUCCAAUAUUAAUUACAUGGCAAUCGCUGACUAUCAAAUGCAUCCAAAAACAUUUCAUCCACAACAUAGAUUGUUGAUUGAACAAAUCGUCUUCUUUUUUUCAGACUAAUUAAGAGAUGUUUAUUCCCCACUGUCAGAUGCACACAUCUUGUUCCUGAGUUUUACACAUGACAUAUAUGGUGACAGUACAAGAUCCCAGACACAGAUAGUUACAUCAUGUCCUCACAGUGAGUUUGUGUUUCAGCGCGGCUCUGACUCGUUCCUGCGAGGCUUAAUCACUUACAGGGAUUAGGAAAGGUGUGUGCAUGUGUGUGGACCUGUGACUUCUGAUCUCUCUGUACUUCACUCCCCCAGUGAACAGCAGUGAGCUUGUCCUGUGGGGACAAUGAGGCUGCAGUCAUUGGUAAUACUGUAUGGAGAGUUAUUCAAUGGGCCCAACAGCACUUGUUUUUGCAAUGGUGCCCUCGAACAGGUUGACAUCUGUCCAGCUGUCCAUCUGUUUUCAUUAUUUUAAUAAUUACAUGGGCAUCAUUGUGUUAUAAGACUCAGAAACCACACUGUAUUCAUUUUUGUAAGUGGUUAGAACAGUAACACAUUUUAGAGAUGCUCUGCUCCAGUCCAGUCUUCUGUGUGGGUGUCCCAAGAACGCGCACGCAGGAAGUUCCUAUUCUGUCGAGAGCGCGAGAUAUGACGUAAGUUGCUUGCCGCGCAGUGAUGAUGGCGGUGCGUGAACGCGCAGUAAAAGUAAUGGCUGCUCUGGAUCGGCGGGUGCCUAGCCUCGAUGAUUUCGUGGGUCAAAGCUGGACUGCCUGGGCCGAGUGGUCAGGUGCGACAGCGGCGGAUGGCAACCUCAUAUGUGUGACUUCUUCUGCCCCAGAAGUGAUCUUGCCCUCCCCAUCUUUAAGGCCUGAUGGGGAUGAGUGCAGCAAGAAUGGCAAAAAGGCUGCAGAGGCUAUGUCACUCAGUAAGGAGGACAUGUCCAUCUUUGGUCUCUACCCCGGCCAUGAUGACUUCUACCUGGUGGUGUGUAGCUAUUGUGGCCAGGUAGUGAAGCCACAGGCGUUCGAAAAGCACUGCGAGCGACGACACGGCCCUCUUGCCAAGCUGUACGCCCGACUGCGCUCUCCCACCCCUGCACCCCAGCCGAGGCCCCACCACGGCCAUUCCCCUUCCCAUGGGACAAAUGCUGCUUCCGCUUCAUCCUGGGAAGGUCGCAGCCAGCCACGGGCGGCCCCACCUUCGCCUUCCACUCCACCACAGUACAGACACUCCAAGAACUCCAAGGAUGGAGUACGACAUUCCCCGUUGGAGAAGUCCUCCCACAGCGGCCACAUAGAGUCGUCAGUAUUCAAGCAGCCGCCGCCUCUGGAGCCUUCAAUGAGCUCUCCACCGCCAUCGCUCAGAGAUCCGCCUUGGCCGCACGGAGGCACCCCGCCUGGUAGGCCUUCACCCAAUGACCGGUCGCCCACCCAGACCCAGAGGAAGGACUCCCCCCUGGGCUCUGCAGUGCUAAGCCACCGGAUCCCCAGACCCUACAACAAAGUGGCCUCCAAGAGAGAGUGUGACUUGGACAAACACUGCGGCGUCCUUGACCCUGACAGGAAGAAGGUCUGCACUCGCCUCCUGACAUGCAAUAUCCACUCCAUUCACCAGCGAAGAAAAGUGAUGGGCCGCAGUAAAAACUUUGACCAGCUAGUGGCGGAACUGAAGACCAAGGUUCGUGAGAAAGGGGCCCAGUCCCUGGAGGGGGGUUCCUCCGCUGGACGAUCCCCCAGCCCGGAGGCCCCCAGGGAGCAGGCUGGGGCUCCACACUGCAGGAGGCCUCUGGCCAGCCUCCCUGCUUUCAGUCGGCCUUCUGCCUUGUCGGAGAGCAACAUUGAGGAGGACAAGCAGCGUCAAGAGGAGGGAAGUCUCCGAGCCCCCUCACCUCUCGUUCAUGGACGAAUCUCCAGUGAUGAAAGUGAGGCAGAAGGACCCGAGGAGCCCGUUGAGUUCCCAUCUUCUGCUGCACAUCCCAGACCAAUAGCGGUAUGUUCGUUUGGCAGCCACGCACUGGGUCACGGCAUCUACACGUUUGACAGGAGACUUCAUCACUUGAGGUCGGCCCUCAGCAGCAUGCUGGAGCAGCACAUCAGCGCCCAUCUUUGGAAGAAAAUACCUCAAGCCACAGACCUUCAAUCUCCGCCUUCCUCAGCCAGGACCAUCACUUCUUCGUCUCCCUCCUCCACUUCCUCUUCGUCAUUACAUUCCAAGAUUCGGACGGGAAGUCACAUCAGCUCCUCCCUCAAAACUGCAUCCUCUUGCUCCUCUUCCAGUCGUGGUCCAGGGAGAUGCCCGGCAGCCAUACAGUCAGAGAACUCCGGGGGCAGCGGGACCAGCAUCGGUGGUGGCCACAUGGCAUCUCCGGGUAAGCCUGGGACGGUGCGUCAGAUGGGUCCCGGGCGACCUAAGAACCCUGUGGGGCGUCCCAGCAAGCAGAUGCUGAAGCUGCGAGAGGAGGCUGCCGCAGCCGCUGCCCUCCGAAAGCGGAAGGCCCCGUCACAGGAGGGGGAACACUCAGGCCCCGAAAGGAACUGCAUCAUCCUCCAGGACCGGGGCCGACCCCCUUCCGCUGCCUCUUCCUCCUCUUCUUCUUCUUCUUCCUCCUCCUCCUCCUCCUCCUCCUCCUCCUCCUCCUCCUCAUCAUCUUCUUCUUCUAAACCCCCCAUGUCCUCCCCUAUCCCACACGGACAGACCAAUGGCACACUUUCCCCCAGCAGAAAACCCCGCCCCCAGCCCUCCCCUUCAGAGUCCCAUUCACCGGCCGCCAAGGCGGUCUGGACAUACAGACGGACACACACUCCUCUGGGUCAUUCAUCAUACCCAGACCCCUCCUCUGCCACCAACAACUCUCACAGCAGGGGUAGUGUGGGGGACUCAGGACUGCACGGGCAGGGCAGCGGGAGGGGCUUUGAGCACCAGGGGCUUCUGAAGAAACGCAAGGGGGGUGGCAUGGAGGAGCAUUCGCCGUCCUCAAAACCCUCAGCGCACCGCCUGCCCUCCUCCUCUUCCAGCUCUGCCACCACCUCCUCCUCUCCGCGCUCUAACUUUUACCCCUGGAAGGACAGUAAAAGCGGGGGGCUGGCUGGGGGCGUGGAGAAGAAACUGGGCACACAGAAGCCAAAACUGCACCAUUAAGUGUGCCUGCCUUACAAGCCACUAGGAGGGAGCCAGCUCCGCUCAGUCCAAGACUGAGGCAACAGGACUUGUGUGUGUGUGUGUGUAUGCAUGUGUGUGUGUGUGUGUGUGUGUGUGUGUGUGUGUGUGUGUGUGUGUGUGUGUGCACGCUCACAGUUAGUGCAGUAUGGAUCUGUGUGUGUGUGUGUGUGAAAGAAUCACAGCUGAGUGUGUCAGUCUGUGUGAAUGUCUGAAGGAAAACUGGGGGUGGGAUGAAAUUCUGAGUAUGGAUUUAGAAAUACCUCAAGACCAUCCGGUUAUGCUGCUAAAUUAAAUAUGUUGGUUUAUAAAAAUGGAAUAAAAGGUCCUU